AAUGUGUGACGUAUUUCAAAAUGGACCGGAGGUUUUUUUUAUCACAUGAAAUACAAUGACACGGGCAAAGUAGUUGGCCUCGUAUGCAGAUGUAUGUAUGUACUUGUAUGUAGAUGUAUUAUUACAUAUUUUUAUCCAGGUCCUUUCAAUGCAAGUGGUUAAGCUUGCUGGAGCUGGUUGAUGGCCAACUAGUAUCUCAAGGCUGCAAACCAGAUUAUCUGUCAUCAGAUAUUCGCACAUCAAUAUUUCGUUUUAUGCCAAAGAACGAGUCACUUUUAAACAAUGGCAAGCGUACACGAGAGUUUAUAUUUCAACCCCAUGAUGACAAAUGGUGUAGUUCACGCCAAUGUGUUCGGUAUUAAAGACUGGGUGACGCCGUACAAAAUCUCCGUCCUUUCCUUGCUGUACGAGAUGACAACUUCCAAGAUCGCUCUGCAAGAAAAAAGACGGCUCAACAAACUGAUUUUGCCCUUACAACAGGGUCCAGACCUGCAACUUGGACAGUUCCUUAAAACUGUCGAGGAUUGUUGCCCUCAAACUGCAUUCGCUGUAAAAAUCAGGUUGAAUGAGAUGGCUGAUGGAGAACUUAAAGACAUGGAGUUCUUCUUCACAACCCUACCUAAUCCGACAUUUGACUCUGAGGCAUAUAAAACAAGUGUUGUCGGUCUGUUUAUUAGACACAUGCUCCUAGCCUACAACAAGCUUUCCUUUAGCCAGGUGUACAAACUAUACAAGUCCCUGCAGCACUACUAUCACGUUUACGACGCCAAGCCAGUCGAUGGGCAGAUGGGGGUGCCGACGUUUGUCGCCGAUGACUCGGAUAUGGACCUCACCAGUACUGAAGUAACCAUUGGGGACAAGAUGGAGAGGGAGUUGGACUCCCCUCUGCUUAUAUCAGAGCUUCGAAAUGAAGAUCCAGUCAGCAGAGGUCCCCUCUCACAGAAACAAGCGGAAUACUUUCUUGCCAAACAGGCAUACCUCCUGAAGAACGAUGACAACAAAGCCCUGAGGCCUGCCAAGCUCCAGGAGGAGCUCAACAACAUGCUAAAGUUCAACCCCGACUUCGCUGAGGCGCACUACCUGAACUACCUGAACAGCAUGCGGGUCCAGGACAUUUACAUCUCCACCCACAGCCUGCUGCACUACUUCGACCGCCUCAUCCUGUCCGGCAGCGAGGGCAAGAGCAACGGGGACGAGGGCUACGGGCGCAGUCUUCGCUACGCCGCGCUCAAUCUGGCCAGCCUCCACUGCCGCUUCGGCCACUAUCAACUGGCUGACCUUGCUCUGCAAGAGGCUAUCCGCAUCGCCCAGGAGUCCAACGACCACGUGUGUCUUCAGCAUUGCCUGAGCUGGCUCUACACGCUGGAGCAGAUGAAGGGGUCCGACAGCUCGGUGCUGACAGAGGACUCGGUGAAGAUGGCCGCCCACUUCUGCCUGCCGUACUUGGCCUCUCUGGGCAUCCAGUCGCUGGUCCAGCAGGGGGCGGUCCAGGGCAAGUCAGCCCACGAGCUGAUGGACGCGCUGAAGGACACGGACAUCCUGCACUGGAAGCACAGUCUUUCGGAGCUCAUCGAGAUCAGCCUGGCGCAGACCAUCUCCAUAUGGAGGAUGUACGGCAAGAGCACCAUGGCCCAGCAGCAGGCCCAGCUGCUUCUCAACAUGAGCAGUCUGGAGCCCGUUAACUUCGGCGUCACGCAGAACAACACGGAGGCCUUCGCCGUGGCUCUCUGCCACCUGGCUGAGCUGCACGCUGAGCAGGGCCUCUAUGGGGGCACCACAGAGAUCUUCAAGCACCUCAAGGAGCAGUUUCCUCCACACACGCAACACGCCAAACUCUGGAUGCUGUGUGACCUGAAGAUCCAGUUUGAGAAGCACAUGAACGACGGGAAGUACCACCUGGCCCAGCCUCUGGUCCCCGCCAUCAGGGCCCAGAACAAGACAGAGGGUCUCUACAGGAAGGCCCAGGUGUUGAAGUCGCUCAGCCGCACCACGGAGGCGUACCGCAUCCUGCAGAAGCUCCAGGUGCACUGUGAGAAGACCAGGUGCACCGAGACCAUCAUCAGGGUCCUGCUCUCCACGGCGGAGCUCCACUGGGAGUCCUCAGACUUCUCCACAGGGCUUCCCCUGCUGCUGCAGGCCCUGACCCUGUCCCGCAAGCACCACCUCCAGGCCUUGGCUUCCAGGACCCUCCUCCACCUGGCCUUCACCCAGCUGAUGUUGGGGGUCCCUGAGCAGGCGCUCAGCGUCCUCCACGAGGCCCUGGAGCCCAUCCUGGCCCACGGCGGCAUCAUGGACAAAGGGCGCGCGCUGAUGCUGGCAGCCCGUUGUCAGAUGGCCCUGGUCGCCACGCGGCCCAACGGACGAGAGCAAGCAGCCGUGGCCAUCCACACUCUGGACGAGGCCGCCUCCUACUUCUCCACCCUCAACUGUAAGGAGCGGCUGCGGGACGUCCGCUACCUGCAGGCGCGUCUCCACAGCUCGCUGGGGCAGACCGCCCAGCGCAACCGCUGCGCCAUGCUCUUCCACCUCCUGGACCGCGAGCUGCAGACCCCCAGGGCGCCCACCGACAUGAGGCUCUGACCCCCGGCUGCGAAGACCGCACCCUUUGCAUCUGUGGACUAAAAGAUAGAAUGUAUCUGCCGAGCCCGUGGAUCGUUUCUUUGCGAGGAUUGAAUGGUUUUUUGUGACUAAAACGUAUACGAUUCAAUACACGGCUUAUGAAUUUAUGUAUUGUUUCAUCUCCAUUUGUGUUACACUAGUACACUACCUUAAGUGCUUCAGUCUAUUUCCAACCCGGUAUUUGCGUAUAGGACCGCUAGAUGGAGAUCUUGUCCUAUCUUCCUCAGCUCCGUGUUUUCUUACACUCUGGUUAAUGUUGCUUAGUACACAGUGUUCACGUUAGCCGGCUAUAGCCGGACAUUGGCCGAUUGCACGCACGCAUGGCCGGUAUAAUAAAAUGUAAGCUGCCCACAUGUCCGAGAAAAAAAGAAAGAAGUUCGCAUUUAUGUAUGAAUUAAUCAGUAGCAUAUGAAAACCAGUAGCGGUUCCUGGCAGAUCUCACCAGGGAGGCAAACACGAACGUGCAUUCAUGAACGUGCGCAGUGCACCCGCACAUGCAUACGCAUGUCACUCAGUGGCCACGCAAUUGAACGCUGAUUGGCUGUCAUCACGCGAAAUUCGCAUCAAAGUUUAAAUAUUUCAACUCGAGCAAAUUUGCCGCGGCACAAAUCCUCGUGAGCGCGCUCGCCUGUGCACGGCGAAAGUGUGGCGCGACAAAUCAAAACUUGGCGGCGGUUUUCUCUCGCGAAAAAUUCGGCCGAUACGCGUCUCGCCAGUACAAUCCCCGUGUCCAGUGUUCCUGCGGAACGAGGCUUUUCUCUCCAAAACAGGAUUAAAACAUCUAUCAGAAACCGCCUAGCUAAGGAAAAGGUGACGAGGCUGAUGCGCAUAUCGAGCCUUGGGCCGGGGUUGAAAGACUUCAACUUUUCGCAAGCAGCGGAGCACUUCCAUGCCAUGAAGUUGAAUGGCUGUUAUGUUUUUUUGCCUAGGCUAAUUUAAUAAAUGGCAUUUAUUGAA